AUGGAAGUUGGAAAUCGCACUGUCCUGACUGAAUUCAUCUCGGUGGGCUUAUCCGCAGACCCCAGGUGGCAGCUGAUUCUAUUUGGAAUAUUUCUGAUGCUCUACUUGAUUGCCAUGUCAGGGAACAUGACCAUGGUCAUCUUAAUAUGUAUUGAUUCCCGCCUGCACACACCUAUGUACUGUUUCAUUAGUAAUCUGUCUUUUCUGGAUUUCUGGUAUCCUUCUGUGUAUAUUCCCAAAAUUCUGGCCAUAUGUGUCUCAGAAAAUAAACCUAUUUCCUUGGCUGGAUGUGGAGCACAGCUGUUCUUUUCUUGCCUUGCCGCCUACACUGAGUGCUAUCUCCUGGCAGCCAUGGCCUGUGACCGCCUAGUGGCCAUCUGUAAGCCGUUACUUUAUUCAAGUACAAUGUCCAGUUCUCUCUGUACUGGACUCGUUGCUGGCUCCUACAUCGGAGGGUUCUUGAAUUCCAUCGCUCAUAUUGCUAACACUUUCCGCCUGAGUUUCUGUGGUAAAAAUAUCAUUGACCACUAUUUCUGUGACGUAACACCAUUGGUAAAAAUGUCUUGUACAGACAUCCAGGUCUAUGAAAAAAUCCUCCGGGGUCUGGUGGGCUUCACGGUCGUCUCCAACAUUCUUGCCAUCCUGAUUUCUUAUUUCAACAUCCUUCUGUCUAUCUCGAGGAUCCGCUCAGCCUCAGGAAGGCACAAGGCCUUCUCCACCUGUGCGUCUCACCUUAUCUCUGUCAUGUUCUUCUAUGGAUCCUUACUCUUCAUGUAUUCAAGGCCAAGUUCCACCUACUCUGUGGGGAGACACAAAGUGGCUUCUCUCUUCUACACCCUGUUCAACCCAUUGCUUAAUCCUCUCAUCUACAGCCUGAGAAACAAAGACGUCAAAGCAGCCUUCCGGAAAGCAGUUCAGAGCAUAAGGCCACAGAGGUGA